CUGUUUCUGUCAAGUACAUCACUUUCGUUUUAUAAAGACAAGCAACAGACGGAACAAAUCCAAGAAAACCAAAGCCCAUAACCAAAAGAAUCUCUCUCAAUAUCUCUCUCUCUGACUCUGUGUUAGUGAGAACCAAAAUACCCAGAAAGUGAAAGUAAUGGGGGAUAUGUAUGCGUAUGACAAAAAUUCACGUUCUUCUUCAACUUCAGCUCCUCAGCCUCAUCUGCUUCCUUCGUCAUCUUCUCAUGCAGGUUCUCCAGACGAAAUCUCGCUCUUUCUGCAUCAAAUCCUUCUACGUUCAUCUUCUUCUUCAUCUCCUUUUGUGUCCAACACGGGUAAGCAAGCACAGCUCUGCGACUCCGACGUUUUACCGGGAAAUCCUGACCGUUCAUUGUGCCGAUCAGCGCUCGUCCAAGAUGGGAUCUCGGCUGUUGAGUCUUCUAGUGCCAUGAGCACUGGCUCCGGUGUCUUCCUCUCUAAUUUGUCGACCUCUUCACUUGGAGCGAGCGAGAAUGAGACUGAUGAGUAUGACUGUGAAAGCGAGGAGGGUCUUGAAGCGUUGGUGGAAGAUAUGUCUGAGAAGCCGAUCCCUCCUCGUAGUUCAUCCAAGAGGAGUAGAGCUGCGGAAGUUCACAACUUGUCUGAAAAGAGAAGGAGGAGCAGGAUUAAUGAGAAAAUGAAGGCAUUGCAAAAUCUGAUUCCAAACUCUAACAAGACAGAUAAGGCUUCCAUGCUUGAUGAAGCAAUUGAAUACUUAAAGCAGCUUCAGCUUCAAGUUCAGAUGUUAUCAAUGAGAAAUGGCUUCAGUUUGCAUCCUAUGUGCUUACCAGGGGCAUUGCAGCCUAUCCAAUUCUCCCAGAUGAGAAUGGACUUUGGUGAGGAAUAUAGGCCCCUGCAUCUGAAUACUGCUGGCAUACAUUCUUUGAACAAAGAAACACCGCUGCAUGACAUGUUCACUCUACCCAACCAACGCAUAGUUUCAAACCAGCCAUCAUCUGCACCUAAUAUGUCAAGCAUAAUCAAUUCACAAACCUCUUUUGGGUUGGAAUCACCAGUCCAGGCUCACUUAGGACCGUUUCAGCUGCAUGUGUCUUCUGAGGAAAUCUGCAGGGGAGACGCUUUGCGACAUCAGGAACCAAACGUAAACAAUCUCGAUUCCAAUCCAUUAGAAAUGGAGAUGGGAGCCACGGCUUCAGUAUCACUUCCCUUCAAUACACAAGCAUCUGAGCUAAAGGACAGUGGCUCUCUUGAAACAUGCAUUCCAGGAAGAGUCCAUUCCGAAGGCGAGCUUCUAAAGAAAACGGAACACAACCUUUUACUGACACCACAUAUAAGCAUGCACAGAGGAAGAAGUUCCCCCAAGGAAGAUGCCAAGAUGAAAAAGCCGAAUUUUUGAAAUUUGUUGAACUUUUACAUCAUUAUUUCACAGUUUGAAUAUGGUGUAGCUACAACUUCUGCUAGCUUUUGUAACUCUUCAUAAUAGGAGAACCUCUGAUAAUUUUAACUCUUCUCAAGAUA